AUGGGCGUCUGGGACACGAUCACCGACCUGAUUGAGGCCGCUGCGCCAUGGAGCGUCGCCGAGGCCGAGGCCGCUGCCAACGAUGCGGAGGCUGAGGCCCCUGAGGAGAACGACGCCAAGGCCGAGGACGAGGCCGAGGAUGAAGAGGAUGGUGAGGAGGAAGAGGAGGACGAGGAGGACGAGGACGAGGUUGUCGACCCCAAGGAUCAGCUCGAGGAGGACUGCAGAAACUCCAAGGAGUGCGCACCGGCCAAGCACCACUUCGAGGAGUGCGUCGAGCGCGUUGAGAACGGCAGCAAGGAGGACUGCGUUGAGGAGUGUAAGUAG